GCCUCCUCUCCACUGCCAUCUCCGCCCCGGCUGGCGGGACGUGAGCGCUCCGGGCUCGGCGGGGCUCGGCUAGCGCCGGCUCCUGCCCUCUGCAGCCGGGCUGGCCGGGGCGGGGAGCCGCGGCAGGGAAGAGGCGCCCGACGAGCGGAGCCCCUCGGCCAGGGACGAAGUUGGAGGACCAAGUUUCUGUGAAAAUGAAUAAUGCAGGGGAAGCUGCAGGGUUUGCCAUGAAGAGGAGAGUAAGUGACUGAAAGAAAGAGAUGUGAAAAGAAUGGCAAGCUGUGUCCCAUGACGACCUCCCCCGCCAUGUUCUAUGGAUCUUCGUCCGCCAUGUCCCCACCUUCCAAAAACAAGCUCAAGCGUCAGAGCCGGAUAUUCUCUCAGGUCUUGUACCGGACGCUGAGCUAUAAGGACCGCAGCUCGGUGUCGGCUUUCCCCCUUGCAAGCAGCGAUGACCCAGCUGAACUUUCCACUCAGGUUUCAGCCCCUGGGGUCCUGAAGAUAUUUGGGGGCAACAUCUGCGCGGGCACCAACUACAAGAGCGUCCUUGCCACUGGGAGCUCAAGUGCGCGGGAGCUGGUGAAGGAGGCGCUGGAGCGCUAUGGGCUGAGCAAGGUGGACGCCGGCCACUAUGUGCUGUGUGAUGUCAUUGGGAUGUUCAGCGGCUCUGGGAAGCAGUGGCAAACGGAAGGGUUGCGAGUCCUCGGUGAUAAUGAGAAGCCCCUUCUGAUUCAGGACCUGUGGAAGCCCAAGGAAGGGUUCUCCCGGCGUUUGGAGCUACGGAAGAGAUCUGAGGUGGAGGAGCUGGCUGCGAGGGACGUAGACACGAUCACGGCAGGCAUCAAUGCCCAGGCUCGGAAGCUGCAGAGGAACCGUGCAAAGGGCACCAUGACCCUGCUGACGGGAUGCAAGCGACACUCCACGCCACCCACCCUCCGACGCAGCGUGAGCGAGACCAGCCUCAGUCACGUGGGCUCGCCGGAGGAGGAGCAGCUCAAGAGACAUUACUCCACGCUGCCCGAGACCAUCCGCAGCCUGGAGAGCUCGAGGGAUGAGCAGCAGGCCCCCACGGCGGAGAGGAAUGGCAGCAGUGUGCGGUACUCCCUCUACCAGUCCCCUCACCUCCUACUCCUGCAGGGCUACAGCUACCAGCAUGAUAGCUUGGUUUACCUGCUGAACCGCGAGCAGCACACAGUGGGCCACCGGACUCAGUCCAGCAAACCCAGCAUCAGCCUCUUCGCCCCGGACAUCCUGCCCCUCCACUGCACCAUCAGGAGACUCAAGCUGUCGAGCCGCUCCCGACACCGUUCGGAGGAGAAGCUGAUCCUUGAGCUCAUCCCGGGGGCCAGUGUGUCCGUCAACUUCUCCGAAGUGGGAAAGACCAUCGUGCUGCACCACGGAGACCUCCUGUCCCUGGGGCUUUACUACCUGCUGCUCUACAAGGAUCCCACGAGGGCCCAUCCACUGCCUGCGCAGACGCUGAUGAGGCUGAAAUCUAUGCAUCGCGCCUCGGACCCUGAGGCCCUCGUGCUCUGUAAGAUGUGUGGCAGCCAGCUCAAGGAGAGGGGCCCCUCCUCCAAGAGGCACGGGCCCUCCCCCGCCUCAGGCCAAAGAUCAGCCAGGAAGAAGCUACAGCUGGAGUUCGAGAGAGCUGCCGAGGACGUGCUGGUGAGAAGGAUCAUGACCUUGAUCGAGCCUGGGGGUGACGAUCACAAGUUGACACCGGCCUUCCUGUUGUGCCUCUGCAUCCAGCACUCCGCCACCAGCUUCGAGCCGGGCGACUUCGGCCAGCUGCUGCUCAAGUCAGCCAAGAUGAUUCAGAGGACGGUGUGGGAGAAAACGAAAGAGCUGGCCGAGAAGCAGUCCCAGCAUCAGGAUCCUGGAUCCCUGUCCCGCUUCACCGUCACAGACCUGGUCCCGGACCUGCAGCACAUUCUCUUCUGGAUGUCCAACUCCAUCGAGCUCCUGUACUUUAUCCAGCAGAAAUCCCCCACCUACAUCCAGAGCCUGGAGGAGGAGCUGGAUGUCAAGGGUUCUAAGGAGUCUCUGUUCUCUUCAACCAUCACAGCCAGCGAGGAAGCCAUGACAGUCCUAGAGGAAGUGAUCAUGUAUACUUUUCAGCAGUGUGUCUACUAUAUCUCCAAGUCUCUGUAUGUAUCUUUACCUGCCCUCCUGGAGUGUAACCCCUUCCAGAGUGAGGGCCAGGAAGGUUGGCGGGCAUCAUCCCAGUUGCCUGAAGAAAUACGCAGAGUUGUGUUGAUCUACCAGGCUACGCUGGACCUGCUCCACCAGUAUGAAGUGCACCCUGAAAUAGCCUCCCAGAUGUUUGCCUACCUCUUCUUCUUCUCCAACACUCUGCUCUUCAACCAGCUCAUGGACAAAGGCUCCGCCUUGGGCUGCUUCCACUGGUCGAAAGGAGUGAGGAUCCGCGCCAGCCUGCGGCUCCUCCUGGAGUGGAUGCGGGGCGUGGGCUUCGGGCACCUGGCCGAGCAGUUCUUCAGCAAGCUCUCCAGCGUGGCUCACCUGCUGGCCAUGCCGAGCUCUCAGCUGGCGCAGAUGACCUGGCCAUUGCUGAGAGCCGAGUUCCCCAGCCUGAGUCCUGCUCAGCUCCAUCACAUCCUGACUCAGUACCAGGCAGCGUCUGAUGUGGGGUGUGUCGCGGCCUGGCAGCCCUGGCAGGACGACAGCCCUGCAGCCUUCAGGACAGACGAAGUGCUGGAGUCCUUUGAUAACCACCCGCCCAUCGUCCUGCCAAGUGGAGGAUUUAAGGUGGACUUGGAGGUGGAGACGCUGGAUGAUAAUGUGUACCGGCAUCUCCUGUACAUCCGUCACUUCCUGUGGAGUCUGCGGAGCAAGAGCCCCCACGCAAGUGACUUGCCAGAGUCAGAGCCCCUGAAGAAAGAAGUGCCCACCAGCCAAAACGCCCCCGAGGUGCCCGAGAACGCACUCACCUUGCCAGCCCUGGGGAAUUCCUUUGGCCAGUCGGAUUAUAGACGCCCAGGAAGCUGUGCUGAAGCAGAGGCUGCUGGGAGCCCUCCGCUCCCCACAGAUCUGAGCAGAUCCCCCAGAGACUAUUACACCAGUGAGACACAGCUCCAAGAAAAACUCAAGCAUCUGCAACUGCACAGCAGUCUGGGGAAAACCCCCCUCUCCAAGGCCAGCGUGUUGCCAGUGGAUCCCUCCUGCUUACUGACCCCUCCCAAUACGCCUCUGAACUUUGACCCUGGAAGCCCGGAAUCCCCUCAGAGCACCAGCUGUGGGAAAGUCAUCCAGGACCCCAGGAAGGAUGGACUGAAUGGCACCAAAGCCACCACCCCUGAAGGAUGCUCUCCGAUGCCCUAUGACUAUCCCACGCCAGCUUCCUCCAGUCGCAGCUCAGCCACGGAUGAUUUCUGCUACGUCUUUGUGGUGGAGUUGGAAAAAGGGCCCAUUGGGCUGGGGAUGGGCCUCAUUGAUGGCUUGUGCAGUGGAGCUCAUCCGGUCCGGAGGGAAGAAGCUGCGGUUUCUGGUUGCCAAGUCCGACAUGGAAAUAGCCAAGAAAAUCAGCUCCAGCUCCUCAUCGUCCUCUUAACGCUCAUGUUGCAAGGGCCUGUCCAUGGCCCCCUGCAAACGAAGCUGCUGCCAAGGCCAACUACACGAAACCUGGGGGGAUGGGCAGAGACUGUGCCUGGAACAUGGAGGAUCCAGUUGAAAUUGCACCAUUCCAGGACUAAAGAACUGUUCUCCAUUUGCUUUUCAGCCUGCUGGGGGUCUCUGUUCAGCUCUGCACUGCUGAGCGAGUGGGGGAGGGGGCUUUACAAUCCAAACACCCCUCCGCUCACAGCUGUAUCACAUGGGCUCAUUUUACACUGAUGUCCUUCCCCCUGCCAGCCUCAGCAUGGGGUUUGCAUAGCCCACCCCACGCUCCUCUCGGCAGAGGGGAGAUCCCGUUCCAGGCAGGCAGGAGGGCUCGUGGGCUCCACCGAGGUUAGGAACAAGCUAUUCCAUUCCUCUGCACUCAGUGGGCACGGCAGGGCUGGUAGAUGAGCUUGCCUGAUUGGGGGUGGGGGGCCCCAGUGGCUGCUGUUGCAAUUAUUGCGUUACCUAGCGCUGGCACCUGGGAGAUUUUGAACACCUAGUGAUUAACAUAACAAUUACAGUUAUCCUAGGCCAGAA